AUGAACGCCGAAGCGGGACCGUCGACACCUCCAGCGGGGAGAGUGCCGGCUUAUAAGCUCUCUCAGUCUCUAAAUGGGCAUCGGAGGAGUGUCACGGCGUUGCAAUGGUUGACGGAUGGGCAGGCGCUCGUUUCUGGCGGCGCAGAUGGGAUCCUUAACAUCUGGACAUCCACCCCGCCCUCCACCUCCCUGGGCCACGCGCGGACCAUCCGAGCCCACCGGACAGGUAUCAACAGCCUCUCCAUAUCCCCUGACGACCUAUACGUCGCUACCGCCUCGGACGAUAAUGACAUUCGUAUCUACCCUGUCUCAUCUCCCUCUCCUGCCGCCUCCGGCCCCGUCUCAGCCGAACCCGAACCCGAAGUCCAGGCCGAAAGGAAGACACGCUCCUUGACUACGCCUCUCCGGGAGCUGAAGGGCCAUACGGCCCCGGUCCUCGCUGUCGCCUUUUCGCCCAAGUCGAACCUGCUCGUCAGUGGCAGCUUCGACGAGAGUGCGAUCGUAUGGGAUGUACGGCGUGGAGUUGCGCUGAGGCAGCUGCCGGCGCAUUCGGAGGCGGUGUGGACAGUAGGGUGGGAUGGGGAGGGAGUGAUGGUCCUCACGGGAAGUGCGGACGGGCUCAUUCGGUUAUGGGACGCUACGACGGGGCAAUGUCUCAAGACUCUCGACAAUGACUCCAAUUCCCCCGUCACCUCCGCCCUCUUCACUCCGAACCCCUUCUACCUCAUCUCCGGUACAGCUGGCGUCGUCCGGGUCUACAAUAUCCAUACCGGCAAGGUCGUCAAGACAUUGCAGCCAACAACGGCCGUCGUCGUGCCUGCUCCAACCGGGGCGGCGAACGAGAACAAGGAAGGCGGGACUACGGUUGGGGCGGUGGUUGUCGCUUUUACGGCGGUUCCUGAGUGCGCAGAAGGGAUGGAGGUAGACGGUCCGGGAGGGAAGAAGGAGGCGUGGGUGCUGGCUACUACCGGCGAGUCAGGAGUAGCGGGUGGUAAGGUGGUCAUCUGGGAGCUGGGGACAAGAAGAGUGGGACAGGUGCUGGAAGGUCAUAGAUCGGCGGUCAUUGCUCUGGCGGUACAUCCGAGCGGGAGGAUGGUAGCUACGGGCAGUCUUGAGCCGGAGAAGGUCAUACACGUCUGGCGGGACGAUGAAUGA